CACGGAUAAGCGGGACAAGAUGGAUGGAUGGAAGUUAACAGUGCAUCUGAAAACAUCAGACUUGAAUUUAAUAUUGCUUUUUACAAAACAGUAUCUACCCCGAGGGAAAGAGUUCAAGUACCUUGGUCUUGUUCAAGAGUCAGGGUGAGAUAGAGCUCAACAUGCGGAUUGAUGCUUUCUCUGCAGUUAUGUGGGAAUUGUAAUGGACUGUCAUGCUGAGGGGAGAGCUGAGAGUGUGGCAAGGCUCUUGAUUUCCCUGCUGAUGUUGGGUUUCAUUCAAAGAGUAGAUGGGCUGCUUGUCAGACCAAACACUAAAGAACAAAUAGUUGUUUCCUGACAUAGUCCUGGAUAGUACACAUUAUAUAAGAUGGCAAACAGUCUUUGAUAACCUGAUACCCCCUUCCAGUCUUUUACUCUCUCAAGGUUUUUUUCUCAAGGUUUUUUUUCUGAGAAACCUGAAUUAAAUUUAAAAAAUAAAUAAAUGCAUGCAUUAAUUCCUUCUCCUGGCAAUGCCUGGAUCCCAUUGGAUCCAUGUUGUGAACAUUCUGUAAUUGUUUCCAACCUGGUGGAAAAUCAGCUACUAUGGCUUGGCCCUCAAAAAGAGAGCCCUUUCGAAAUAAUAGCCCUGCUCUUGAACCCUGUGUUGUCAAAGCGCUGUUAAAUAUACGUUUUCAAAUACCAGCAUCACUGUCAUUUAGGCUCUACUUCGAUGCUCACCAACUCUGCAAAAGGUCUGGCAUUUAUCACACGUUUUAUGAUUCUGUUGCAUAUCACUGAAGCAAGCCACCCUAAAGCUUUCCUCUUCAUUUCAAUGCAAAUGUCAUAUUUUUGUCGGUUAUCUACCACCUGCUCCUGUUCAUUACUUUUCGAGAUCUGCAUUCAGGGAACUCAGCGAGUUUCGUGAAAGUGCAGCAAAUUUCACAGUUGGAGUCAGUCAACUGUAAGAAGAGUCUAACAACAAGUGUGCCGCAAACCUAUUUCAAAGGUUAAUGGAUUGGAUGCUCACAACACUGAAAUACUUGACAAUGCAUAUAUUUACAUACAUUUAAAGCAUUUAGCUGAAGCUUUUAUUCAGAGUGCCAUUGUAAUAAGCUGCAAUCCUUGGAUGCUAUUCAAAAACUCAGCUUGAAUAAAUAGACACCACUCUCCAGAAGCUCUUUCCUGAUCCUUCUUAUCUAAAGGAGAGGCCAUGCUUACUUAAACACAGGUCGUAACAGAAUGAUGGUUCCUAACCUUUCAUCUCUUUUUUUUAACCUUUGACAGAAGUGAACCUGUUGACAAUGUAACUCUGAGCUGUUUUGCGACGCCAACUGCCAACACCUCCAAUGGGAUAAAUAAGGACCAUAUAUAAUGGCUCACAAAAAUAGCAUGACAUAAUUCACUAUUGAUUUGCUCUCGUAGCGGGAUGAUCUUCAUUUCGUGAAGCUGGAGUGCAGAGAACUCCGACACAUUGGCAUCGAUCAGGCGGUGCUCCCAAGGCAAAAUUAGAUUUUCGUAUAUGUGGCAGCAAGUCCUCUGUAUUCCAAACACUGACAUGUGCUGUUGUUUUGUGAGUCAAAUAUAUUGAUCUGCUGCUGUCCCUUUGCCUAAAAAUAUCAGACAUUUCUUUCACAGCCCGAAGCUACUUGUGUUACAUGUUAAUGUGAUCUCACACACUGACAAUACAAGUCUGAUUAUUAUCGGCUUCUUGGUUUGCUUGAGUUGGUCUUGACUGAACUUUCCUGCAUAUCUAGUAUUUUAUCCCAUAUUACAUUUGUUUUAAAUGUAUAAUGUUUUAAUAAUCAUAGUCUGUGGUAGUCUGCAAAUUUGAGGAGACGGAGGGGAAUUGAUGAAUGGGUAAAACAUUAAUCUAUGUCAGUAACAUAAAAUACGUCACAAACAAACAUCUUUAUAUCCAAGCCACAAUGUUAUACUAAACCUUACCAAGUAGUUGUCUUGCCUUAACAUUACCAAGUAGUUAAGUUGUGUCUUUUGGUGGAUUUGUAAAUGUUUCCCUGGUGUUGUGCAUCUUUCUGUAUUUGGUCAAAUGCUGCACAUGUGUUGUGUGUUUGGAGAAGAUAUUUUAUUCAUUUGCUUUAGUGUUUUGUUGGUGUUGCCAGUUCUGGUCUUCAUAACUUGUUUUCAGUCCUAUUGUGUUUGGCAGUGUGUUAACCUUUAAUGUUCACUCAUGCUAACACCAACAAAAGAACAGAAUGUCUGUCUUUUAACCCAACGCUCACGUAACCCUAAUGAAACCCAUCUUGUUACUGCAAUUAGAUACAGCUAUUUAUUUUAGUAAAUGUAUCUUUUAAAUCCACAUCUCAAAGUCUGUUUAGCCACAGGUUGGUUGAGCCUCACAAUAAUUAUUUGCAUCCAAGUGAUGAAUACGAUUAAAUACGAUUAAAAUCACACAAUAAUCCCUCUCUCUGCAGAUGUUGUUCCUGGAGCAAUGCCCCUGCCGCUUUCUCCGGUGCUCCGACCGGCGCUACCCUUGGUAUCCUUGACGACUCUCACAAUGCCAACGCCGGCCCUCGUGGCCUCACCCAUAGACCCGAGCAUUAUGGCAGCCACAGCCCCCGAGACUACCUCAGCUGCUGGAGGGGACUCAACAUUAAACUCACCCUCAGAACCAGACCUGGAGCCUGAGGCCGAACCCGAGGUCGAGACGGAUGCUGAAACAGAAGAGGAGAAAGCUCGUCGUCUUCUGUACUGCUCGCUGUGCAAAGUGGCGGUCAACUCGGCGUCACAGCUAGACGCUCACAACAGCGGUACGAAGCACAAGACGAUGCUCGAGGCCAGGACCGGCGUGGGCUCCAUCAAGUCUUUCCCUCGGCCGGGAGUCAAGAGCAAACUGGCUCCAGUCGUCAAGUCAUUAACGGGCCUGCAGAACAAAACGUUUCACUGUGAGACGUGUGAUGUGCAUGUCAACUCAGAGACUCAGCUAAAACAGAUUUGUGAGCGCUUCGACUAUGUGGUCGAGGCGCUGUCAUCUCACCCCUUGACUACUGUAACUCCCUCCUGGCUGGUCUGCUUGCAAGUGCCAACCGACCUCUACAAGUUCUCCCACACUACACCACUCCUUCGCUCCAUUCAAUGGGUACCAGGGGCUGCCAGAAUCCACUUCAAGACACUUGUACUGGCCUACCAUGCUGUAAAAGGAUCUGGUCCAUCCUACAUCCAAGACAUGGUCAAACCAUACACUCCAGCACAUGCACGUCGCCCUGCAUCUGCCAAUCGGCUUGUUGCCACUCCCUCACUGCAAAGUGGAACCAGGUUCAACAAAGUCACGCCUUUUUGCUAUCCUGGUUCCUCAAUGGUGUAA